CCUGCCCCAACUCUGUCCACUCUCAACCUUCCCUGGACAAGUGUUUUUCAAAUACCAAAAACAGCAUCACACUUUCAAACAGUCAACGGCACCAUGGGUAAAGGCGGUCGCAUUGUCUGUAUCUUCACCCCAUAUGUCCUCACCAUCGCCUCCUUAAUAUGUAUUAUCAUGGUGGGGCUGGGCUGUACCAAAUCCAGCUCCAGCACCUUGGAUAAUCUCUACUUCUUCAGAAUCAACCUCCAAAACAUCACAAACGGAACCUCAUCGACGACCGCGAAAAUCACCUCGGCCAUCAGCGAUCUUGCCGGUGUCUCGGAUGGCGACCUAUCGGCCGCAUUGGAGGAGAUCGAGGAGCAGUACAACAUCCAGGACUUCUACACUGUCGGUCUGUGGGGUUACUGCUCGGGCAACAUCACCAACGGCGACGACUACAAGACGACCAACUGCUCGAAGCCCGAAGCUGAAUUCUGGUUCAACCCGUUGGAGGUGUGGAACUUGGAAGAGUCCGGUCUCGAGAAUGCGCUCUCCAGCAGCGUGAAGAAGGAACUGAAGGUCUACAAGAGUGUCUCCAAGUGGAUGUUCAUCGCCUACAUCAUCGCAUUCAUCGCUACCAUCGUCGAACUGGUCGUGGGUGUCUUCGCCAUCUGCAGUCGCUGGGGAAGCUGCGUGACCACUCUCGUCUCAGCUGUCGCAUUCCUCUUCACGACAGCCGCCUCCGUGACGUCAACCGCCUUGUUCGCCGUCCUCAAGGGCGUCUUCAAGGCCGAGCUGGAAUCAUAUGGCGUCAAGGGCCAGAUGGGCAAGAACAUGUAUGUCGCCACCUGGCUCGCCGUCGCCUUCUCGCUCGGUGCCUCCCUGUUCUGGCUCCUGAGCACCUGCUGCUGCUCCGGCCGCUCCCCCUACAACCACCGCAACACCGCCCGCGCCGUCACGGCCGAAAAGGCCCCCUACACCUACGAGCCCCUCGGCCCCUACGGCCAGCCCCAGCAGCCCGCCUACACCAACACCGCCUACCCGCCCCCUCCUCCCCCGGGCCACGUUCCCAUGCAGCAGAACGGCCGCACUAACGCGUACGAGCCUUUCCGUCACGUCUAAGCUGCGUUGCAAAGCUCUAUCUUCCGUUCAUCGAAUGAUAUCUGGGAAAACGGCGUUUCGGUGGCAAGAAUCCGGAGAUAAUGACCUCUUACCAUCAUGAUGACAUGCCGACAAGCCUCUUGGUCAACUGUUGACUGGGGCUCAUGUUGGUCUAAUGACGUUAAUGCAAGCUGCAUCUGCUCCUGAGGGUUGAUACGCUCUAGACUUCUUAUCUCCUCACGUUCAUUCUGAUUUGUACAUUGCUUCAAUUGCUUUUAUCUUGUGAUACCUGCUGCUCCGCGGCAUUGUUUUUGUGCCUAUAGAUGGAAAAUUUAAACUUGAAUCUUAC